GAAAACAUACGAAAGACAAAAAUUAAAAACUCAAAAAAUAGAAUUAAACAUUCUUACAAGAUGAGGAACUUUGAGCGUUCAUUCCUUUGUAUUUCAUUCUUUAUUAUAUGCUUAUCAUCAUUUUCUUCUGCAACUUUUUUCCAUCACAGACAUCACAAACAUCUUUUUGAUCCUUAUAAUUGUUCUUGCCAUAGAUCAUCUUCUUCCGGUAAUACUGGCUUUUAUGGUGAAGGCGGUGUUUCUGGCGGAGGCGGUGGUUCUGGUGGAGGCUCGGGAGAAGGUGGUGUAUCCGGCGGUGUUUCUGGCGGAGGCAGUUUUUCUAGUGGAGGUUCUGGCGGAAGCUCAGGAGGAGGUGGUGUAUCUGGUGGAGGCAGUGUUUCUGGCGGAGGCUCGGGAGAAGGCGGUGGUUCUGGCGGAGGCUCGGGAGGAGGUAGUGGUUCUGGUGGAGGUUCCGGCGGAGGCUCUGGAGGUGGUAGUGUAGUUGGCGGAGGCAGUGUCUCUGGUGAAGGUUCUGGCAAAAGCUCAGAAGUAGGUAGUGGUUCUGGCGGAAGCGGUGGUUCCGAGGGAGGCAGUGUUUCUGGUGGAGGUUCCGCCGGAGGCUCGGGAGGUAGUGGUUCUGGCGGAGGCAGUAGUUCUAGCAAAGGUGGUGUGUCUAGCGGUGGUACUGGAGGAGGUAGUGUUUCCAGCGGAGGCGAAGGUUCUAGCAAAGGCGGUGUUUCUGGCAGUGCUGCUGGAGGAGGUAGUGUUUCUGGCGGUGGUGUUGGAGGAGGCAGUGUUUCCGGCGGAGGCUCUGGAGAAGGCAAUGUUUCUAGCAGUGGUUCGGGAGGAGGUGGAGGUUCUAGCAAAGGCGGUGCUUCUGGUGGAGGCGGAGGUUCUAGCAAAGGCGGUGUUUCUGGCGAGAGUGCUGGAGGAGGCAGUGUUUCUAGUGGCGGUUCUAGCAAAGGCGGUGUUUCUGGGGGCGGUUCUGGGGGAAGUAGUGUUUCUGGUGGAGGUAGUGUUUCUGGCGGAGGUAGUGUUUCUGGCGGAGGUUUUGGAGGAGGCAGCGUGUCUAGUGGCGGUUCUAGCAAAGGCAGUGUUUCUGGGGGCGGCUCUGGAGGAAGUAGUGUUUCUGGAGGAGGCAGCGUUUCUAGUGGUGGUUCUAGCAAAGGUAGUGUUUCUGGGGGCGGCUCUGGAGGAAGUAGUGUCUCUGGAGGAGGCAGCGUUUCUAGUGGUGGUUCUAGCAAAGGCAGUGUUUCUGAGGGCGGCUCUGGAGGAAGUAGUGUUUCUGGCGGAGGUUCUGGAGGAGGCAGCGUUUCUAGUGGCGGUUCUAGCAAAGGCAGUGUUUCUGGGGGCAGCUCUGGAGGAAGUAGUGUUUCUGGCGGAAGUUCUGGAGGAGGCAGCGUUUCUAGUGGCGGUUCUAGCAAAGGCAGUGUUUCUGGGGGCAGCUCUGGAGGAAGUAGUGUUUCUGGCGGAAGUUCUGGAGGAGGCAGCGUUUCUAGUGGCGGUUCUAGCAAAGGCAGUGUUUCUGGGGGCGGCUCUGGAGGAAGUAGUGUUUCUGGCGGAGGUUCUGGAGGAGGCAGCGUUUCUAGUGGCGGUUCUAGCAAAGGCAGUGUUUCUGGGGGCGGCUCUGGAGGAAGUAGUGUCUCUGGCGGAGGUUCUGGAGGAAGUAAUGUUUCUGGCGGAGGUGGAGGUUCUGGCGGAGGUUCUUCUUCUUAUAACCAACAAAAUUAUACUAGUCAACACCAUUCAUCAUCGUCAUUCAAUUUUGGUUCUACUUAUAGCCAAUGGAAUAGUCAUAGCGAAAGCUCAUUCAGUGCAAACUUUAGUUUCCGAGGAUCAUUCUCAAAGGUUUAUGGAUUUGGAGAUUCAUUUACUGAUACAGGAAACGCAGUCUCUAUGGAAGGUGUUAAAUCAUUUGUUGGUGGAUUAUUCACAAACUCUUUCUACGGCUCGAGUACUAACAUGCCUGGGCACAGAUUAACCAAUGGUCGCUUGGUCGUUGAUUUCCUAUGCGACAGUCUUGGCUUGCCUCCUAUUCAAGCAUAUAAGGAGAAUUCUGCUAGCUUCGACUCUGGUGCUAACUUUGCAAUAGCAGGAUCAACUUGUCUUACAAGUGAUUUCUUUGCUAAUUACAAGAUUCCUCAUAGCUUUAUGUGGAAAGCAAAACCUGAAAAUGUCUUAACCCAAGUUGAUUGGUUUAACAGAUUUCUUCUGAAUGUGGCUUGCCAGGGUAAAGGUGAGGCUGAAUGCAAGUCUCAGAUAGAAGACUCCCUUUUCUGGGUCGGUGCUAUAGGUUUUAGUGAUUAUGCACGAAUCUUUGGUGCUGCUAUAUCUGGUCGAUCACUAACAGAAGCAGCUGUGGAUAAAACCGCCAAAAUUUUGAAGGCAAUGCUUGACAGAGGUGCAAAGUACAUUGUUGUUCAAGGGCUACCACCAGCAGGCUGCUGUCCAUUACAGUUGCUCAUGAAUCCAUCAAAGGAUCGUGAUAGUAUGGGAUGCUCAUCAGGAAUCAAUUCGAUGAUACAGGCUCACAACGACAUCCUUCAGAAGAAAUUGGGAGAAUUCAGGGCACAAUACAAAGGAUCUGUAUUGGUUUAUGCAGAUACCUGGAAUGCAUACAAGGCAGUAUUGGUAAACUAUAAGAAGUUCAACUUCCAAGAGCCCUUCAAGGCAUGUUGUGGAGCUGGAGGAGGAACCCUCAACUUCGAUUUGCAUUCGCUCUGUGGAUCAACUGGUACCUCUGCCUGUAGCAAUCCCCAGAACUUCAUCAGCUGGGAUGGAAUUCACUUCACUGAAGCUAUGCAUGCGGUACUUGCUAAUAUGUUCUUCCACCAAGGCUACUGUUCCCCUCCAUUUGAUGCGUUGGUUAAAGCCAAGACGGGUGGGAAAUAGAUUAAGCAUUUAAGUAUUUGUUUAGGCCGGUAUUUCCUUUUUUUUUUGAGCUGAUUUAACCAAUACAAGAGGCUUAUAUGUGCUGCUCUGACAACACGAGUAGUUAUAUUAAAUAAAGCCCUGAUGGUUUAAAAAAAAACGAGUUUCAGAUAUAAGGUGUUAUUUAAUUUUUUGCUAGGUUCAGAGUAGAAUUAUUUAUGUAAAUGAGAGGUUUAAUUUACCUCUAUUGUUUAGCUUACCAAUCGAGAGAUUGAAAGUAAUAAACCAUUUUAUUCAUUACAUUUUCA